AAGGCUCGUCAAAAAUUCAGCCCAAGUUCCUCCUUACAACAUUGGACAAUACUGUCAUGUCUGAUCAAAUCUUUGUCCCUGUUCCGCGUCUAUGAUCUCUGCUUUCUUCCUUGAAAUUUCGCAUGUAUAAAAAUUAAUUCAAGAUUUCUGUUUCCCAGAAGGAACGGUUGUUAAAGUUUCAAUCUAGAAUCACUGAAGCAAUGAGGGAGGAAUUAGUGGAUAUGGCUGUUAAGUUUCUAUUGCAUCCAACUGUCGGAAGAAGUCCGGUCAGCCAGAGGCGCUUGUUUCUUGAGAAAAGAGGCCUUUCAAGUGAAGAGAUAGAUGAAGCCUUUCGUCGUGUUUCUGAUACAAGUUCAAGUGUAACAUUUCGACAGGACAUUAACUCAAGUCAAGAUGUGCAAUCAAAGCCUUUACAUAGUGUUCAGCUACAAGGCACGGCACAAUCAUCCCAACCUCUGGUGGCAUCAAUUCUUACAGCAUCUCGACCAUCCUGGUUUUCCUGGUCAUAUGCUAUUUUUUCUAUAGUGCUACUUAUUUUUUCUGGUGUUGGGACUUCCAUGCUCCUAAAGAAUUUCUUUUUGCCCAGGUUGAAGUCUUGGAUCUGCAAGGUUGUUUUUGAAGAGGACGAUGACAAAGGAAGAAAAUCAAAACUAUGUUUGUCAAAAGAAGCAAUCGAAUCUGCAAAGGCAGCCGCAGCUGCUUCUGUCAAUGCUGCAAAAGCAAGUCUGGAAAUAUUGCAGUCAAAGAAAGAUGAGGAGAGGCACUUCGACGAUUUAUUGAGACGAUUAGGCUCCCAUGUAGCGGAACUGAGGUCAAUGAGUAUAACAGUACAGAGACUGGAGGGUGAUGGGAAUGCUUCCCACAAAAACCCGGAACAGUACCUUCAGCACACAUCACAGUAUGGACGCAAUAGCAAUCUGUCGAAGAUGUCUGUUGUACAAAGGGGUUACCCUGGUCCAACGAAAUUUAAACCAAGUGGUAUAUCGAAUUUUGAUAGUUUGGUUAGGCCUUCAUCUGCACCUCCGAGACCCCUUGCUGGCCAGUACCCGAAGUCCUAUAUAGAGGUCUUGGCUAAGGUACAAAGAGGGGAGAAACCUCCUGGAAUAAAGGAUACUGAUGACUCACCACCAAAUCCUCAUAUAACUCCAAGACUUAAGCCUGGGGAGUUUGCUCAACCGCAAAACAGCUUUGGUUACUCUCGGGACAGAGGCUUUUCUCAGCCAAACGGAGAGAAUGCACUGCCAUGGUGGAAACGUAAUAAUACCAACAUAAGAGGAGUAGAAGCUGGAAAUGGCUCGUAUGGUCUGAGGACCGACAAAUAGCUGCUUUUCAGCAGUCUUAAGGUAUCUACCCUGCUGCAAAGAGUUGGGGGUCUAGUCCCGAAUCAUUGAUCAACUUCCGGAUGAGAAAUUAAGAAUCCAUGAUUCUGAAGAUAUGCAUAAAGAAAACUGUAUACUUGUUAUGCUUCUCUACUUGCUGGUGGAAUGGUCACCUUUGGGUUGAAGUUUUGAGAACAAAAUCUGUAAAAAUGGUUUCUAAAAAGUUAUACAAGGGAGAUUAUGUUUGUA